CUUGCUGCCGCUCUCAGGGUGUGUGUGUGUGUGCGCGCGCGCGCUUCACUGCAUAUUUGUUCAGACUCUUGGACGGUCGACGACACCAAACUAACUGACAGCUGUUCAACAGAUAUUACACUGCGACUAACAACAGAGAUCAGCAGCCAUGGGGAAAGGAUGCAUUACAGCCACCAAGUACUUCCUGUUCCUGUUCAAUCUCCUCUUCUUUAUUUUUGGAGCUGUAAUCAUGGGCUUUGGACUGUGGGUCAUGCUGGAUAACCAGAGUUUCAUUACAGUUUUGCAUGAGUCCUCCAACACGCUGAAAGUUGGCGUCUACAUCCUUAUUGGAACUGGCUCACUCUCCAUGCUCAUGGGAUUUCUUGGCUGCAUUGGUGCCAUUUAUGAGAUCCGCUGUUUACUUGGACUGUACUUCACCUGUCUCCUGCUCAUCCUUAUCGCCCAGGUGACGGCCGCUGUCCUAAUCUACUUCCAGAGAGACCUGCUGAAACAAGAGAUGUCCAAUAUUGUGAACAAAAUUCUGGUGAACUACACUGGUCAUAACAAGACAUCAGAGCAUGCCUGGGAUUACCUCCAGAGAACGAUGGGGUGCUGUGGUUGGACUGGACCAUCUAACUGGACCGAGAACAUGACGAUAAAGAACAGCUCUCAGAUUUUGUAUCCAUGCUCAUGCAGAAAUGAAUCCAUCAGUGGCACAGAUAUGAAAGAAACAGGCCUGUGUCAGAGUUUGGUGCCUGAGUGGCCUGUCUUCACUACGGGUUGUAUAUCUAGUAUGGAGGACUGGCUCCUAGGGAACCAUGGAGUUAUUUUGGGAGUCUGUGUUGGAAUAGCAGUGAUUGAGCUUUUAGGGAUGAUUCUAUCCAUGUGCCUGUGCAAGAGUGUUCAACAGGAGGAUUACACCAAAGUACCUAAAUACUGAGAGUAGAACCUCCUUCACUGACUCGCACAUCAACAAACACCAGUGUUACAGUCUCUUCACCAGCAGACCAAGUGGAACAAUGUGAACCAGAGAACAUUUCAUCUCGAGAAACACACACACCACAACACACAUUCUUCACUUUAUUAUUCACAUCAAAUAUUGAUGUCACCUGAUAAAUGUUUUAUUAUGCUCUUUUUCUUGUUGGUGUUCUGCAGGGCCUACAUAGCUUUAUAUUUGAUUAUAUUUCUCACUCAUGUAUAGAUUUACAGUACGCUGACUGCGUUCGUUGCUUUUCUGUGCUGUUGCGUUUCUGGUUUUCAUUGUUAGUUGAAUCUGAGAGCACUUUAGUGAAUAGAGUUUGAUUGAUAUGGGAAAGAGCUAUGAGCAACAUUUUUCAUUUUUAUUAAAAAAAGGGGGGUCUUUUUUAUUUGUAUGUUAACUGAGAAUUGUAUACUUGCAAUUGCGGUUAUGUAUAUAGUGUAUCAACAUGAAUGACAUACUUCAAUGAGGUUUGUUCUAGGUGAAUAAUUACACUCUAGUUAUAGCCUCCAUCUCUCAGAAGACUUUAUGUGGGUGUUAUUAGCUGGGGUUGGGUCAUUCAGGGUGGAGUCAGGUGUGGUAAGGUUAAACAUGGCUGCGGUUGAAGAAUUUGAGGGCAGACCAGAAGAUUGAAGACUGGAAUGGCAUGGUAUAGUGUGUUUUUGUGGUUUACAUGUGUCCGCCUGCAUCUCUGGAUCUGUGUGAAUUUAGGCUAGGUCUGUAUCCCACAUUUCCUUAUGCUGCUAAAACAGCUGUAAAAGUAUGUCUUUAACAGGCAUUACACUGGCAGCACCCUCCCACUAGACUCAACAUUAAAUCCAGAUUCUUCUGUAUCUGCUUUCCAAAAACUGAUCCAUUUCAACUGAGGGACAAGAUGGACCAAAAACGUUUGCAUGAUGAAGUAGUGUGAGGCUUUUUAAUUAUUCUUUCUUACAUCAUUGUUUUUUUGUUUUUUUUUCCCCUUGUAAUAUUUUGUAUCUAUACUUUUAUUUUGUGUGAAACUGAUGUAAACCUCAUCAUUUUGAAUGAAGAAAGCCUGGUUUUGUUUAUGUCUGGUGUUUCUGAAGAAUAGUUUUGGCUGUGUCAGUAGUGUUAGUCCUGGAUUGAAGCAAUCAGACCUUCCUCUGAAGAAGAAAAACCUGGCCUCUGUCUGUACGGUCAUUCCCAAACACUAGAAGUAGUUUUACACAUUUGGUUUAAAGAGUUGCUUGUUUUAAAAGUAUGUUGGAACAUUGAAAGCUUGAAAUCUAAAAAUAUAUGAAUUCUGUUAAAUGUACUUUCAGUGUCCUUUAAAAUAAACUGCCACUUUUCAAGUUA